CAUUCUCUCACUGCUUCCAUCAUGUCCUCGCCCACUCGCGACUACGAAGUGACUUGUCAGGAGGAAGACGACCCCAUGCGGGGCGGUGGUCAAGAGGAGGAAGAGGAAGAAGGUGUUGUGAUUGCUGCAAACGACCCUUCAGAUGACAGUUCCGAGGAACCAGAAGAAGACGAGGAGGAAGAGAGGAGGAUUCGGGAAGGCUUCAUUGUUGACGAGGACGAAGAAGAAGAGGGAGAUGACGAGGAGGAGGAGAGGCGUAAGAGGCGGAAGCGUCGCAAGAAGCGUCACCAUCGUGAAGAUGAGGAAGAUGCGCUUGAUGAGGACGACCUGGAGCUAUUGGAGGAGAACACGGGCGCGAACUUCUCUCGCAGGCGAAUUGUCCGCAGGCGCCCCGGUCAGGAAUCCGCGUCUCCUCCCGCCCUUUCUAGUUCCAAGCAUAGGAAUGUCAUCGAGUCAGACGAAGAAGACCUUGAUGACGAAGACACCUUCCCUCGAGUCCAAGACAUUCACAAUAUUUGGGAUGACGAGAGGGGCGGUGGUAGGGAUGACGACGACGACGACGUCGACAUGGACGACAUGGAUAACUUCAUCGAGUACGAGGACGAAGAGGAUGGAGGGAUCGAGGCGCAAAAGGCGCGAAAGGAGCACCUGAAGAAACGGAAGGCAAUGAGGCGGGCGAUGGGUUCUCGUCCCGAACUCUCCGGCAUCGACGCGAAUGCAUGGGAUGAAAUACACGAAGUCUUCGGUGACGGCCAUGAAUAUGACUGGGCGUUGGUGGAUGACGAGGAGACGGGCUUCGAAGAAGAACAGGUGAAGCCGGAGAUGAAGUACCAGGAUGUGUUUGAACCAUCCGAGAUCAAAGCACGCAUGCUCACGGAGGAUGACGACCUCAUCAGGGCCCAAGACAUUCCAGAGCGCAUGCAGCUCGCGACGUCUGCUCUGUCCCUGUCCGCGACCUUGUCCAUGCACAGGACGUUGACCGAGAACGACCUCGAUGACGCCGCAUCUUGGGUGAUCACUCGCCUCUCCAGCCGCAAGGAGCGAGAUUUCUUCCGCGGCGAUGGCCAGUUCCACAGUUUCCUCCCUCAGCUCGUCGAAGCCAUUACCUGUGCCCUCCGGUAUCUAUUCGUUCAGGAGUUCGAAGUUCCCUACAUCUGGAUGCACAAGCGGGACUACAUCUCAUAUUUCGAUGCCAACAAUCCCAAGCUGCAGGUCGAGUUGCUUUCGCUGGAUGACCUGUGGCGGGUCUACACUGUCGGUCAGAAGUACCGCUCCCUACUGGAAAGACGAGCCGCCUUGGACACCUUGUACGCUCGCCUCGGUGUUUCCGACGAAUACUUCGAGACCGAGGUACGAAACCGAGUGGAGACAGCUGAGAUGGCCGCCGACUCUUCUGAAUGGCUUGGGAUGAAGUACCGCGAGCAAAAGAAGAUCAAGAUCGAUAUCCAGUUCCACGACGACGACGAGCAAGUAGAUACUCGCAAACACAAGAUGCCGAGUCGCGUAUCCGCUUACGAACUAGCAAAGAAGAGUGUUGUCUCCAAACUCGCCGAGGGUUUCGGCAUACGAGCUCACGAAGUCGUCCUAAACUUCGUUUCGGACCACAAUACUCACUUCGUCGAAGAACAAGAGCUGAAUCCUCUUGCAUAUGCUGAGCAGUUCGCCGAUCCCGAUGCUACGCGUGCGCAGCCAGCCGAGGAGCUGCUUGCCCGCGCGCGGAUGAUCAUCGCGACCGAGCUCGGGAAGGAUCCUCUAUUGCGUCAAGAGAUCAGGACCACCUUUAAGGGCAACGCCCUCAUCUCUGUACUUCCCACGGAACGGGGUGUUGCGAAGAUCGACGAACACCACCCGUACUUCAACUUCAAAUACCUCUACAACAAGAAUGCAGCUGAGAUGCUCCAGUCGGCUCAGUUCCUCAACAUUCUCGCGGCUGAGGCGGACCACCUGGUGACGGUCUCUAUCACCCUCCGUCCAGAUGCCAAGGCUGCAUUCGAGCGCAAGUUGAAUGACGCUUUCGCCUCGGACAGCUUCAGUGACACAGCUCGGGCGUGGAAUGAGGAGCGCUCUCGGGUGGUACAAGAGACGCUGGAUCAGCAUCUACUACCCGUCGGUGUGAAGUGGACUCGAGAGUGGAUUCGUGAGGAAGCUGAAGACUAUCUAGCACGGCAGUGCGCAAGUGUUCUCCGGGAUCGUAUCGAUGUUGCACCAUACGUUGGCCCCUCCAUGCGUAAGGGGGACACUCCGUCUGUCAUGGCUGUGUCGUGGGGUAAGGGCGAUCCUCACAAAGAUACCAUCUCUAUCGUCUUUCUCGAUGAGGCUGGGCGAUUACGCGAGCAUACCAAGCUUGACAAUCUGUUCGGUGUCGAGAACCAAGACGAGUUCUGUGAUAUGAUCAAGCGACGGCGGCCGGAUGUUAUCGCGGUCGCAGGCUUCAGCAUCGCCACACUGAAGCUGUCGCGACGCAUCAAGGAGCUGCUAAGUGCCACCCAGAAUGACGCCUCUGGCAAUGGUUGGGGCGAGUCGAACGCCCCUAACCCCAACGACUCGCCUAGCACGCCAGUCAUUUAUGUGCAUGACGAGGUCGCUCGCAUCUAUCAGCACAGCCGCCGUGCGGACGAGGAGUUCAGUGCCCUGUCGCCGCUCAGUAAAUACUGCGUUGGUCUGGCUCGAUAUGUGCAGAGCCCGCUCAAUGAGUAUGCCGCGCUCGGUGCGGACAUCACGGCUAUCACAUUCGACGAGGACUACCAGCAAUUGGUGCCCAGAGAGAAGCUGCUCACAGCCAUGGAACGUGUCCUCGUCGAUGUCGUCAACAAAGUGGGCGUGGAUAUCAACCGCGCCGUUACGGAUUCGUACUAUCAACAUCUUCUCCAGUUUGUCGCCGGUCUCGGUCCUCGGAAAGCUCAGGUGUUAGUCAAGAAGAUUGCCUCCAUGGGCGGCAACCUGAUCAACCGCGGUCAAUUUGUCAAGAACGGUCUUCUGACCACGAAAAUAUUCUUGAAUGCUUCGGCCUUCCUCCGUAUUGUCCAGGACUCGGAACCGAAGCCCGCAAAGAACCGCCAUGGGGAGGAGAUCGAUGUACCCGACCCCUUGGACAGUACACGAGUUCAUCCCGAGGACUACGAGCUUGGUCGCAAGAUGGCCACCGAUGCACUCGAAUUGGACGAGGAGGAUAUCCACGACGAGCACCCAUCACAUGUCGUCUCUGUCAUCAUGCAGGAUGACGACAACGAGAAGAAGCUUGAUGAGCUGAAUCUCGACGACUUCGCCGUCAACAUGUAUCGGACUAACCAAGAUAAGAAGCGGCACACCUUGAACGUCAUCCGCGAAGAGCUGCUCCGACCUUACGGGGAGAAACGCAGGGGCUUCGUUCUCCCCACCAAUUGGGAGGUCGUCACAAUGCUCACGGGAGAGACGCCACGUACGCUACGCACAGGUCUCAUUGUGUCCGUACAGGCCGUACGAGUCAAGGAUAACUUCGUCAUCGUCCGCCUCGACUCUGGUAUCGAGGGGACUAUCAACAAGCGUUACCUCACCGAACUCGGCCUCCCUCCUCCUAGUGUCGUCAAGCAGGGGCAGACGCUCUCUGGUGUCGUCAUGGAGGUCAAGCUGGAUAUACCUGCGGAUCAAGUGACCGUCGAGCUCUCCGCUCUCGAGGCGGAUGUCAGCGGUGGUGACAGUCAGUUCCGUCGCGUCAAACAAGAUGAUGCAUGGAACCAUCAUCAGUACGAAAAAGACAGCGAGAUGCAAGCUCGCAAGAAGCGGGCCGAAGUGGAUCGAACCCGGCGGGUCAUCAAGCAUCCUAACUUCCAUAACUUCAACUCGCAACAGGCGGAGCAGUACCUCGAGAAGCAGCAGCGUGGUGAUGUAGUGAUCCGGCCGUCGUCGAAAGGUGCCAACCACCUCGCCGUAACAUGGAAGGUGGAUGACAAGCUCUACCAGCACCUCGAUGUCGUCGAGCUCAACGCCGAUCCGACCGGUCAAACCGUGGGCUCCAAGCUCAUUGUUGAUGGCACACACCAAUUCUCUGAUCUGGAUGAGUUGAUCGUCAACCAUGUCCAAGCGAUGGCGAGGAAGGUCGAGGAGCUCAUGAUGCACGAAAAGUUCAAACCUGGGACGGAAGAUGACUUGCAUCUAUUCCUGAGGAACUUCGUCGCCGCGAACCCCUCGAAGAGUGCAUAUGGCUUCACGCUCAAUCGUAAGCGGCCCGGGCACUUCAACCUGUGUUACUUGGCAAACAAAAACUCAACUGUGCAGACAUGGCCCGUGCGAGUAACGCCCGCGGCAUACUAUCUUUUCGACACGCCCGCUGCGGGUGUACCGGAGCUCUGUGACGCCUUCAAAGUCAGGCAGAAGUCAAUGUCGCUGAGCAGUCUUGCCGGUGCAUCUGGUGGGAAGACACCCUUUGGCGCUCGUACUCCCGGCAGGACACCUGCACCAGGACACGCCACCCCUGGGCAUAUGUCCGUACGCCAGGUUGGUCGGACACCCAAUCCUUAUGGCGCCCCUGGCGGCCCUCCUGGCGCAGCGAUUCCUGCCGGUGGCUUCACUCCUGCGUUCGGCGGCUACCCUGCAGGCCAGCAGUACGGCGCCGGGUUCCAGACACCCGGAUAUCAGCAAACUAGUGUGUCUGGCUUUGGCCAACCUCCUCCACCAGGCUCUGGCGCCACCGGAAUGCAUCCUGCACGCGCUGCCAUGAUCCAGGGCAAUGGCUGGCCAGCACCAUACUGAUUGUUACAGCCUAGAUAUUCGCACAUCAGCUACUCUCAUCGGGACAGUCGUCUUGUAUCCUCAUCCCC